GAUUUUGACAGGCUCAGGUUUGGAAGGCACGAGGGACAGAUUAUCCAGGCAGAUCAUGAGGCGUCUGCUCAGAACAGAAGUCACGACCCUGCCUGCUUGAACCUCCCAAAACGUAGCCCAAAUUGCUUCUCGCUCGGAUGAUGCAUCAUCACAGAAGCAUCUCAGCAUCAUGUCUGUGCCUUCUGUCAGGAAGAAGCGUUUGGCGACUUACUCCAAGAAGACACUACGGAUUGAUCCUCGUUCGACCUUCGCUUCACCAACUUCGCAUGAUCGCCAGACUCAGAGAAGACGAGUCACAUUGACAUCGCCCGCCCGUGAAGCCAAUCUUCCCACAAGCCCCAGUUCGCUUUCUCUGUCGCCCGAGAGCAGCCAUGGCGACGAAGAGCACCAAGCUCCAGAAAAAGUCAGCCCAUCGAAGACAAGAAAACGCGGCAGAAAACUUGCAAAGCCUCUUCAGGCGCACGAACACACGAGCACCCAAUCAUCCAGCCGUGCAAACAGUCCAGUGAGCUCUUCCGAGAGCGACUCUAUUUCCGACGCCUCUUCUAUCCCUGUCAUCGUUGCGCAGAGGCAAAAAAGACCUCGACUCCUCACUACGCUCAGGAAAUCAUUGAACUUGCAAGCUAAGAAAUCACGAAUCAUCCAACAACGACCUACAACCGCCUUAUCUGCAGCAACGCUCAAGGAGGUCCAUAGAGGUGCUGACGGCUUCGACGAGAUUCACCUUGUGCCGAUGACGCCAGUGCAGCGGAAAUCAAAGAAGCGUUCAAGUCGUCUCAUUGCUUCACGCUCCAUGCUAGAAGUCCGCAAGGGCCCACAUCCACCUGUCCAUUUUGACCAUCCUGAGUGGAGUAUGGUCCCAUACCAAAUUGCUCAAGAUGACAAGCAGGCGGAGGUGUUUGAGACGAUCGAAUCUGUCGAGGGCGUCGCAAAGAUUGAGGCCGCUGCCGCUAUCUCUACAGUCAGUGCUCAUGCCGAAGGUGAAAAAGUCGAGAGUGCACUCAAAUCACCCAAAUCGCCCAACAAGCCAUCCAUAAAAGAUAUCAGUCUCUACGCUCAGCUCUCGUCGGUAUCAGCGCCCAUCGUACGCAGAGGAUCAAACGACGAGGACAGCGAAAACGAUCUCGAUCACGGACUCACGGCGGAAGAAGAAGACGACGCCUUCGAAGAGGAAGCGGAUCGCGCAGACCAGGAAGAAGCACGGGAUCGUACAGUCCGCUAGCAGCGUGGCGAUUUAGCAGCAUCCAGACAGUCUGAGCAGGAAUCGACACAUGGGACAAGUGGUACGAAGUUGGCUUCGAUUGAACGGGAAUCAGUACGCCGAGGCGCAUCGCCUACCAAGUCAUGGAUCUCGGAGACGGUUGUUUAACAGCUCAAACAUGUGCUACUAGCUUUAAUGAGAUAUAUGAUAAUGUUAGAGAAUGCUUCUUCGUGCUA